AUGUUUCAGCGCCUUCGCGACGCCAUCGACUCUCGGAUCGCAGAGGAACAGGCUCGUCAGGAGUCCCUCUCCCGCUCCAACUCCGCUCGUCGUCCCGCCGCCCGCAACUUGUCCCCGAGCAGACGACGUCCGCGACGCAAUACAGGCACACCUAUAAGAAGCCCCGAUCCCAACGAAUUCGAGCCAGACUUUGCCGUUGGGGAUGAUGAAGGGUCAAGUCGAUCUGCUACUCCAAAGGCGGAAUCCGUAGGGGCUGAAGGGACCUCAGAGGGAAAUGCUGAGGAGAAAACGGUAGCCGCCACAGAGUCAACUGGGAAGGAGGCAGCUCCUAAUACGGAGUCGACCCAGUCUCUGUCCGAGAUGCCUGCGGAGGUAAGGGUGAAGCUUCGGAAGCUGGACAGGCUGGAAUCACGAUAUCAUGAACUUUUGAAGGCAUAUCGGAUGGCGCAUUCCCGUGUCUUGUCAAUCGAACCAUUCGAAGCAGCUUUACGGGAGAACACACCCUUGACGUCUAUAGGCGAUCCCAAGGCUUUAACGGAAUACUUGAAUCAAAUCUCUUUGAAAGGGGACAUGGUCACGGAGGAACUUAAGCGGGUCACAACUGACAGGGAUGAUUACAAAAAGAAAUUCGAAGAAGCACGAAACUCGGCCAAGGAAGCGUGGGACGAAGUAACCAAUAUCAAGAAAGCAGAUCUCAACCAAGAUGGCGAGGACUCUGCAGCGAAAACCGAUCCUCUGGGUGUUGACACUUCCCUAGCAAAUCAAGGUUCCUCGGACGCUCCAGUGAAAUCCCCCACGCCAUCAACCACUUCACGUGUUGGAGCUCUCACCAGUCUCCUCUCCCCUAAACAGAACACGGUGAAAUCUCCGCCUCCCAAGGAAGAAAGCGAGGAGUUCUUUUCUUUUGAUAAUGAACUUCCGCGACUAGAGUCUGAAUUGAAGGAAAAACAAGAAGAAGUUGAAACCCUCAAGUCCCAGGCUGAGACGCUCAAGCGUGAUCUUUCGGUUGCACGUGAGUCCACUGAAGGCAUGGUCCAUAACUUAGAAUCUGCUACUCGGGAACUGGUGGAACUGCGCGACAACAAGGACAAGCAAGACUCAGAGAUUGAAGCCCUUAAGACUUCCAAACAGGGCGAGCUUGAUGACUUGAAAGCUAAACUUAUGACGGCCGAGGCUGCUGUAGAGAAAACGAAUUUUGAGGUCGAAAAGCUGAAGACCGAGUUGAAGGAGAAGACGGAUGAGUUGGACCAAGCUAAAUCCCAGGCCUCGCAAACCGACGACAAGGACCAGAGCUCAGAGCUCAAUGCCAAACUUGAGGAAGCAAAGAAAGAAAAGGAAUCCACCGAAAAGCGACUGGGUGUGCUACAGGGCUUGGUAGAUAGUCUUCGAUCUCAGCUCAAGGACACUGAAACGGCAGUUUCGGACCUCAAGACAGAUAUGGGCCAGAAGGCGGAAGACCUUACAAAGCUGCAGAACAUUGUUGGUUUCCUGGAUAGCAACUUGAAGGACAAUGAAAACUGGCAGUCAGCCAGAGCCAAGGUUUCGAGCGGCCAGGAGGCCAAUUUUGAUGAACUCCGAAAGAGCUUGACACCCUCCCAGAAAACGCCGGAGGUGGCUAAAGAGGCCUCAGGACCGGAUACUCAGGCUGCUAGCUCAACUGCUGGUCCGGCUGCUGGUGCAGGUGGUGGUAAAAAGAAGAAGAACAACAAAAAAAAGAAGGGUGGCAAGGGUGCUGAAGAAACCAGCAAGCCCACCAAUGCAGCCGCCCCUGAAAAUACUCAGCAAUCAAACCCCGAGCCUGAGCAAACAUCUCCGAACCUGAGUGAACUCGAGCAAAAGAUAGAAGCGCUUACUGUGCAGCUGAGCGAAAAGGAAGCGGCUAUCGACCGUCUCAGCGCGAAGCUUAAGGGAGAAGAAGACUUGAAAGAAGAAAUUGAAUCUCUCCGGGACGACAUUCUCAACAUUGGCCAAGAGCACGUUGAGGCCAAGGACAAAAUCAAGGAGCUUACCGCCGAGAAAACAGCUCUGGGAGAAACAAUCUCCAAACUCGAGAAAGAAAUUACUGAUCUGCGAACAAGAAGUGCAUCUCAGACUGCCGACUCCGACAAGGCGCACAAUGACUUGAAAGAAGAAUAUGAAACGAUCAAGGCCAAAUCUGCCACACUGGAGACAGACCUUUCUGCGGCCCAACAACUGGCCGCGACUCGAUUUAAAGACCUUACAGAUCUGCGAGAGACCCUCCAGAAACUGCAGCCCGAACUGAGAAACCUUCGAGCGGAGUCUGCAGAACUUAAAUCAACCAAAGAAACCCUCACAGGCAAGGCAAGCGAGCUCAAAACUCUCGAGGGCAAGCACGACGAUUUGCGUGCAGAACUAAAGAAAAUCAAAUCUACAGUAUCGGAAAGAGAUGCUGAGGCAAAAACACUGAACCAGAAGAUCAGACAAGAGACGGAUAGCCGCUUGAAAGCUGAAGAGGGACUGACGGUUGCUCAGUCAGACUUGAGGUACUCAGAGAGCAAGAAACAGGAAGCAUUUGAAGCAAAGGAGAAGAUGGCAACAAAUCUCUCCAAGGUUCAAGAUGAUCUGAAAACUUCUCGGACCAAGCUUCGAAGCUUCGAAGACAAGGUGUCGCAACUGAACAAAGAGCUUAACGGCCUGCGAGAAGAGAUUCAAUUGAAGACAGCUCAACAUGCCAGCGCGCAAAGCCUUAUGAACAACAUGCGCGACCAAGUCGCGGAGGUUGGGAUGCAAAUGAAGGAAGCCCGGGAACGCUGUGAAAGCUUGGAGGAAGAGCUGGCAGAUGCUCAUCGUCUACUCAGCGAACGAACCCGUGAAGGCGAGACGAUGCGACGCUUGCUUAACGAUAUCGAGGGCCGCGCAGAGGCCAAGGUCCGUGAUUUCAAGGAACGCAUGGAGACUGCCAUUGAAGAACGAGACCGCGCAGAGGAUGAGGCCAGCACUCAAGGCCGGCGCCGGGCACGUGAGAUAGAGGAAUUGAAGACCAAGAUUCGGGAGGCCGAGAAAGCCUUGCGGACUGCAUCGGAGGAUAAGGAAGAACUUGAACACUCGCAAAAGGAAUGGAGGCGUAGGCGCGACGAGCUCGAUUCUCAGUCUGAGAGGUCGACCAAGGAACUCAACACCGUUCGUCAAGACAUGGUCCGAUUGCGCGAUGCUUUGGAUGAAAGCGAGAAGCUGGUGCGCGACCUGGAGAAAGAAAAGGCAGAGCUACGGCGGUCAGUGGAGGAAACGAACAACCGACUGGAAAAGCUACGCAAGUCUAACAAGGCAUUGGCCGACGAGUCUCGCUCUAUGCAGAACCCCAAGGUGCGCGGGUUUGACUCGGGCAACCAGUCCUCCCGGUCGUCGAUUGAUUCGGGAUCAAGAGCGGUUGGCUCCCCCGUGUCCAAAGAUCGCAGCUCAUCGACUAUCCGGAGGAGUGAGACGCCUACGGGGCCUGGAAGUCCGUCAAUCGACUACCUUUAUCUGAAAAACGUGCUCCUUCAGUUUUUGGAGCAGAAGGAUAAGAACUACCAGAAGCAGCUCAUCCCUGUUCUGGGGAUGCUGCUCCAUUUCGACAGAAACGAUGAGCAGAAGUGGAUGGCCGCCAUAUCGACCAAAUAA